GAUCUUCAAUUUACACCUCCCGGUUGAACUUCCAACAAACCCACUUCUAGUAUCGUAUAUUUACUUCAAUAACCCGCUUUGUUUUCCCGAUAUUUCUUCCAGUUUCAUGGGUUCCCUUGGUAUUUUACCUUUACAAUAUAUAUUUUCCCGCUUUUGAAACAAAAGGCCUUGAUUAUCCUCCUCCUCCUCCUCCUCCUCCUCUCUCUCUCUCUCUCUUUCUCUCUCUCCAAACUUCAGCAGUGUCUUGGUUUUUUACUCAGACGCACACACGAGUGAGAGAGCCAGAGCGUUUAGACAACCUCUAUUAGACAACAAAAUUUUCUGGCUUUCUGCCAGUAUUUUGAAUGGUGAAUUCGUCUCUGAAAUGAUCGAAUAGCUUCAGUGUGAUUCUUUAACAGUUGGUGUCGUAAUUGCAGGAGCAAUGGAAAUUAGUGCCAUGAUUUCGAGCCGAAAUUUUGGUUCUUUUAUUGGUUCAGGAAAAGUAUGGCAAACAGAGCAAGCUAUUAAACAUCAGAGAGGAGAGCAACUGGGAAUUUAUGGUUCAAGAUAUAUGAAGGAAAAUAUUUUUAAUAGAAGACUAACCAUUUUAAGAGAAUGCUGUUCUUAUACAUCUAAGCACUCUUAUCACCUGGAUUGUCAUCUUAUUGGUUCUUCCGAGAAGAGAACUAUAAAGCAGAGAGUCAGAGUCCUUGGUGAAGUAGUCCAUUCUCUUUCAAAACAUAUACAGUUUAAUGAGAAGUUUCAUAUCAUUAAUCUCAAGAAAAGAAAUCAAGGAAGAUGUGAAUGUUUUCUUUCCUCAGAUUUCUCUCAUAGAAGCUGGCCUCGGCCACUAAAGUUGGAUAAGCUUGGUACAUCUGAUGGGCAAUUACAGCAGUUUGAGUAUCGCAAGGCAACCACUACACGUGCUGACUAUAAACCAGAACAUUUUGACAUAACAGAACCAAAUCUGGACCCACUGAAUUCUUCCGAGAUGUCAGAUGAGGUUGUUUUAGUUGAAGGGAAUAUGCCAAAAAUAACUUACUGGUGGGAGCGAUUUCCAAAGCGUUGGGUGAUUGUAUUACUAUGUUUUUCAGCAUUUCUCCUUUGUAACAUGGACCGUGUAAAUAUGAGCAUUGCGAUACUACCAAUGUCACAGGAAUUCAACUGGAACUCUGCCACUGUUGGUCUAAUUCAGUCUUCUUUUUUCUGGGGUUACCUACUCACUCAGAUUGUUGGAGGAAUAUGGGCAGAUAAGAUUGGUGGUAAGUUUGUACUGGGUUUUGGGGUGGUCUGGUGGUCAGUUGCAACUGUUCUGACACCUGUGGCUGCAAGAAUUGGACUUCCUUUCUUACUUAUAAUGCGUGCACUUAUGGGGAUUGGUGAGGGUGUUGCCAUGCCAGCAAUGAAUAAUAUACUAUCGAAGUGGAUUCCUGUAUCUGAGAGAAGCAGAGCACUUGCACUAGUGUACAGUGGCAUGUACCUUGGCUCUGUCACUGGCCUGGCUCUUUCUCCUGUUCUAAUCCAUAAGUUUGGAUGGCCUUCUGUAUUUUACUCUUUUGGCUCCCUUGGAAGCAUCUGGUUUACAUUAUGGCUGAACAAGGCACACAGCUCACCGCAAGAAGAUCUAGAGCUUCGUGUAGAGGAAAAAAAGCUUAUCCUGGGGGGCAGUGAAUUAAAGAAACCAGUUUCUGUCAUUCCAUGGAAAUUGAUUUUGUCAAAGGCACCCGUUUGGGCUCUGAUAAUCUCCCAUUUCUGCCAUAACUGGGGGACAUUUAUCCUUCUUACGUGGAUGCCUACAUACUAUAAUCAGGUCUUGAAAUUUAACCUUACUGAGUCUGGACUGUUCUGUGUCUUGCCAUGGUUAACAAUGGCAGUGUUUGCAAAUAUAGGAGGAUGGAUUGCAGACACCCUUGUGAGCAGAGGUCUUUCAAUAACUUCAGUUCGUAAGAUCAUGCAAACAAUUGGGUUUCUAGGCCCAGCCUUCUUUCUCACACAGCUGAGCCAUGUCCGUUCUCCAGCUCUGGCUGUGCUAUGCAUGGCAUGCAGUCAGGGAUCAGAUGCAUUUUCACAAUCUGGUCUCUACUCUAAUCACCAAGACAUUGGACCACGUUAUGCAGGAGUGUUACUGGGGCUAUCAAACACUGCUGGAGUGCUUGCUGGCGUCUUUGGUACGGCAGCAACCGGCUACAUUCUUCAACGAGGGUCAUGGAAUGACGUCUUUAAAGUAGCUGUUGCCUUGUAUAUCAUUGGUACUUUGAUCUGGAACUUCUUUGCUACAGGAGAGAAAAUUCUUGACUAGAAAAAGAUAAAAAAAUCCCCAAAAAAUGAUCAAAAGAAAAAGUAAAAUAGAAUAAAUAAAAAAGGAUGUAGCCUAUAAGCAAGAAUAAGAAAUUCAUAAACAAGGAAAAAGAGUAAAACGCAACCUUCAAAUUUAAGGUAAAGCAAGGGGGAGAAAGUGAAACACGAAUACUACCAUUUAGGAAACUGUCUUUCCUGGGGGUUUAUUUGAAGCUAAUACUUUACACCUAUCUAAUGAGGUUGUGAUUUGUCUUAAAACCAUAUUCUUUAUACAGUUUAUUGAGUUUUCCUGGGUUCUUACAUGUUUCUAUUAGGUAACUUUGGUAAUUAGGCCCAUUGAAUCAUUUCCUAUUAAUUUAGAAUACAAUCUAUUAAAAAUGAAUACUAAAUAUCAGCUUCAAUUCUCUGUAUUUAAUUUUCUCUUUGGUGCGUCUUGCUGUAAAUUUUAUGACAAUUUACUGUUCAAGAGAGGAUGUAAUUCAUGUGAACACAAACAAGGAAUAUAUGAACAUCAAUUCUAUGCUUUUCCCCUUGCA